AUGAAUCAAGAUCAACUAAAUUACGAUUUCUAAUUAAAAGCUUUAUUCUUUUUUAAUCCAUUGGCUAUUCCAACUGUCCCUAAACCAUCUGAAUAAGUAAUUAAUUUAUUUAACUUUUAGGAUUAAUAAGAUGCAAAAUUAAUUUAUUAUUUUCCACAAAGUGCAGACAUUGAAGAAAAAAGAAUUUAAACAGGUAUGGCAGAAGGUAUUUUUCAAUUUUUUGCAUAAUUUAAUCCAAUCCCGAAUAUUUUGGAGUAAUCAGAAAAUUAAAACACUAAUGAAUAAUUAUAGUUUUAAACAAUCCAUUUAGAAUAACAAACUAAUAUAAUUUGCAGAAUUAGGAAUGAUCUUUUUCUAUUUAUGACUUUAGCUCAUUAAAAAAUACCUAAAAUACAAACUAUUUCAGAAGAUUAUUUUUUUAGUGAAUGCUAUAAAUUUCAUUAUAGCUUAUCAAAAAAUCUUUAUACUAAUGUUGCUGAAAAUUUUGUUAUAAAUUUUUAGUUAUUUUUUGGAUAUGAUGUAACCUAUUUAGAUAAAUUUACUUAAAGAUGGAUAUUAUGUAAUUCAAGACCUGGUCCAACAAUGAAUUUAUUUUAUUUUUAAACUUUUUCAUUGAAAUAUGCAAAGAUAGAUGCUUCAACAUAUAUGCUUCUAUAAUAAAUAUUAACUUUAGGGAGAUAAUAAGAAGAUUAAAUAACAGAUUUUUUAGUAUUUUAUUCUGGUCAUUUUCUUUUCUCAACUUUACCUCAUCAUAAAGCAAUUCUUUUUAAAGAACAUUAUUUUGGUUGUGGAUUGCCUUGGUAAGUGUAAGAAAACAAGAUUAAUUUAAAAUUUCCCCCUUAUGAGUAAAAUCAAUCAGCAUAUCUAAAUUUUAAUAAUUUAAAAAAUAUAGCAAAGGAUUCAUUUACAAUUUAAAAUGUUUACAUUAAUGAAUAAAAGAAAAAUAUUUUUACAUUUUUAGAAAAGUAAUUAUUGAUUGUUAUCAUCACUAAUCCAUUAAAAAAUAUUUAGAAUUUACAAAACUUAUCUAACAUCUUUUCUAAAAAUAUAGAUAGAUUAGUUUUUAAGUUAGAUUUAAUUGUUGAUUAAACUAUAAAGUAAGAUUUUGCUAAAUUUAUAUAUUUUAAUGGAGUUAAUUUAGCAUAUAGAAUUUCAACAUUAUUAAAUGUUUAAAAACUAUCAUUUGAAAAUCUUAGAGUACUAUAAUUGGUUUAUGAUAAAUUGAAUAAUUGUAAUUAAUACGUAAUAAGAAUGUAAUAAUAAUAAAAUUAUUUUAGAGCAGGAGUAUGGUUUUAUGGAACUAAAGUAAAUGAAAAAAAAGUUAUAUAUUUAUUGCCAGCAAAUAUAUAAUUAAGCAAAAUUGAAGAGGAAGUUAAUAAAAUUGUUGAAUAAACAUUUCCUAAUUUGCUUUUGUGA